AUGAAGAUGCUAACUAAGUUUGAAUCCAAAUCUUCUAGAGCCAAAGGUAUUGCCUUCCAUCCAUCCAGACCAUGGGUCCUAGUGGCUUUAUUCUCUUCUACCAUUCAAUUAUGGGAUUAUAGAAUGGGUACUUUAUUACAUAGAUUUGAAGAUCACGAAGGACCGGUUCGUGGUCUUGAUUUCCAUCCUACUCAACCAAUUUUUGUCUCCGCUGGUGACGAUUACACCAUCAAAGUUUGGUCUUUAGAAACCAACAAAUGCCUUUACACUUUACAAGGUCAUUUAGAUUACGUCCGUACCGUAUUUUUCCAUCAUGAACUACCUUGGAUCAUAUCGGCAUCUGAUGAUCAAACUAUUAGGAUCUGGAAUUGGCAAAAUCGUAAAGAAAUCGCUUGUUUGACUGGUCAUAACCAUUUCGUCAUGUGUGCUCAAUUCCAUCCAAAUGAAGAUUUGGUAGUUUCUGCAUCCCUUGAUGAAAGUGUUAGAGUUUGGGAUAUCUCGGGUUUAAGAAAGAAACAUUCUGCUCCAGGUACUACCUCUAUGGAAGAUCAAAUUGCCGCUCAAAAUAAUUUAUUAGACGGCGGAUUUGGUGACUGUGUUGUAAAAUUUAUCUUGGAAGGUCACACUAGAGGUGUCAAUUGGGCAUCUUUCCAUCCAACUUUACCAUUGAUCGUUUCAGGUUCUGAUGAUCGUCAAGUCAAAUUAUGGAGAAUGAGCCAAACAAAGGCUUGGGAAGUUGAUACUUGUAGAGGUCAUACUAAUAAUGUCGACUGUGUUAUUUUCCAUCCACAUCAAAAUUUAAUCAUUUCAGUUGGUGAAGAUAAAACAUUAAGAAUUUGGGAUUUGGAUAAGAGAGUUCCUGUUAAACAAUUCAAGAGAGAACAUGAUAGAUUCUGGUUGAUUGCUGCUCAUCCAAAUAUUAAUUUGUUUGGUGCUGCCCACGAUACCGGUAUCAUGGUCUUCAAACUUGAUCGUGAAAGACCAUGUAGCUUCAUUCAUCAAAAUCAAUUGAUAUUCAUCAAUAAGGAAAAGCAACUUCAAAUAUUCGAUUACCAUAAAAGAGUCACUUCAUUACCUUAUGUUUCUUUGAAGAAAAUUGGUCUUGCUUGGAAUGCCUUUAGAAGUAUUUCAUAUAAUCCAUCUCAACAUUCAGUUUUGGUCAAUUUAGGUAAUGACAAGUUUGCCCUUGCAUUACUACCAAAACAACCAACUGGAGCUGUGGAACCUACAAGCGUUAUUCAAGAUACUGGUAGUUUUGCCACUUUUGUUGCACGUAAUAGAUUCGUAACUUUUAACACUGGUACAAAUACUCUAGAAGUCCGUACCCUUGACAACAAGACUACUAAAUCCAUUCAUUUAGAAGAACCAAUCAAAGAUAUCGUUUCAGCAGGACCUGGGGUCGUUUUGUUAUUAAAAGCCAAGGAAGUUGUUCUAUUUGAUGUCCAACAAGGUAAGAAAUUAGGUAAGAUUGCCGCCAAGAAUGUUAAAUAUGUUUCUUGGUCCUUGGAUGGCCAACACGUUGCAUUAAUGAGCAAGCAUACCAUCACUAUUGCGAACAAGAAGUUAGAAUUGGUCAAUUCAAUGCAUGAAACUAUUAGAAUCAAGAGUGCUGCAUGGGAUGAAUCUGGUGUAUUGAUUUACUCUACUUUGAACCAUAUUAGAUACAGUUUAUUGAACGGUGAAAGAGGUAUUAUCAAAACUUUGGAAAAGACUUUAUACAUUACUAGAGUACAAGGUCAACUAGUUUACACUUUGGAUCGUGACGGUGAAGUUGAAAUCUUGACUAUCGAUCCAACAGAAUACAAAUUCAAGAAAGCCUUAAUCAACAAGAAUUUCCCAGAAGUCUUGCGUAUAAUCAGAAAUUCGAACUUAGUUGGUCAAAAUAUCAUUUCUUACUUGCAAAAAUCAGGGUAUCCAGAAAUUGCGUUACAAUUCGUUCAAGAUCCACAAACUCGUUUUAAUCUAGCAUUAGAAUACGGUAAUUUGGAAGUUGCUUUAGAAGAAGCUAAGAAAUUGAAUAACUCUCAAACAUGGGAUAGCUUAAACGAAGCUGCUCUUUCGCAGGGUAAUAUUUCCUUGGUUGAAAUGAUUCAUCAAACUCAACAUUCAUUUGAUAAACUAUCUUUCCUAUAUCUUUUAACUGGUGAUCGUUCAAAAUCUUCCAAGAUGGGGGCCAUUGCUACAAAUCGUAAUGACGUUCCAAGUAUGAUCUUAAAUUCCAUUUAUAAUGAUGCUACUGAAGAAAGAGCUAAUAUUUUCGCUGAAGCUGGUUCAUUGGCUCUCGCUUAUGCUGUAGCUAAGUCAAAUGGUGAUUCUGCAGCCGCUUCAUCUUUCUUAGAACAAGCUGAAAUCACUGAAGAAGAUGUCGUAUUGCCAGAUGAGAUUCAACCAUCAAACUCAGUUAAGGCACCUUCUAUUGCUGCACCAUUAGAUGCUUGGCCAUUAGAGAAGGCUGAACUAUCAUAUUUCGAAAAAGCUGUAUUAGGUCAAAUUGAAGAUUUAACUCUUGAUGAACCAGAAAGAGAAGAAAUUUCUCCAGAAGCUGUUCAAGCAGAUGAAGGUGAUUUCUUUGAAACGGAAGUAGCUGAAGAUUUAGAAGGAGAGGAUGCAUGGGACUUAGGUGAUGAAGAUCUAAAUAUUGAUGAAGAAGUUCAAGAUGACCUUGCUAAAGAAGAAGUUACAACCGAAGAAACAGAAGUUUCUAAUUGGGUUAAGAAUUCGAAACUACCUGCUGUAUUAGUUGCAGCUGGUGCAUUUGAUGCAGCUGCUCAAGCGUUAGGUAAACAAGCUGGUAUUAUCAGUUUUGAACCUUUAAGACCUUACUUUAUUGAUAGAUAUGAAGGUUGUAGAACGUAUAUGGCUGCUACUCCUAGUGAACUUCCAUCUAUUGUAGGCUAUAUAAGAUCAACUGACGAUAUUGAAAAUGAGAAGGAUAUACUACCAUAUAUUCCAGGUAUAGAUGUUAUUAAGUCAAAGAUGAACGAAGGGUUUAAUUAUUUCAAGGCUAAUAAAUUGGAACUUGCCAUUAAAUCAUUCAAAGAAGCUAUCUAUAACAUAAUAUUAUCUGCAUUUGAUAAUGACGAAGAUGAAGAAACAGCACGUAAAUCAUUAGAAAAGGCUAGGGAGUACAUUUUAGGUUUAUCCAUUGAAUUAAAACGUCGUUCACUAGCUGCUGAAGAUAUCAAACGUAACCUAGAGUUAGCUGCAUACUUUACCAAGGCUAAAUUGAUUACGGCUCACCGUUGUAAUGCAUUACAAGUUGCUAUGUCUCAAAAUUUCAAACAUAAAAACUUCGUACAAGCAUCAUAUUUUGCAGAAGAACUUUUGAAGUCCAUUAAAACAGGUCCACGUGCUGAUCAAGCAAGGAAGAUUAAAGAAAGAGCUGAUUCUAUUGCAAGUGAUGCAAUUCAAUUAGAUUUUGAUCCAUAUGCUGAGUUUGAUGUUUGUGCUUCCACGUAUACACCAAUUUACAAGGAUUCGCCAAGUGUUUUGGAUCCAUUAACCGGUGCUAAAUACCAUGCUUCCGAAAAGAAUAAGAUCGAUAAGAUUGCAGGUAUAUCAAAGAUUGGGGCCCCUGCAUCUGGCUUAAGAAUACAUCUAUAA